AUGGGGGCAGAGCCUCCGGUUCCAGCAACCAAUGGGGCAGAGCCUCCGGUUCCAGCAACCAAUGGGGCAGAGCCUCCGGUUCCAGCAACCAAUGGGGCAGAGCCUCCGGUUCCAGCAACCAAUGGGACAGAGCCUCCGGUUCCAGCAACCAAUGGGGCAGAGCCUCCGGUUCCAGCAACCAAUGGGGCAGAGCCUCCGGUUCCAGCAACCAAUGGGACAGAGCCUCUGGUUCCAGCAACCAAUGGGGCAGAGCCUCCGGUUCCAGCAACCAAUGGGACAGAGCCUCCGGUUCCAGCAACCAAUGGGGCAGAGCCUCCGGUUCCAGCAACCAAUGGGGCAGAGCCUCCGGUUCCAGCAACCAAUGGGGCAGAGCCUCCGGUUCCAGCAACCAAUGGGGCAGAGCCUCCGGUUCCAGCAACCAAUGGGGCAGAGCCUCCGGUUCCAGCAACCAAUGGGGCAGAGCCUCCGGUUCCAGCAACCAAUGGGGCAGAGCCUCUGGUUCCAGCAACCAAUGGGAGAGCCUCUGGUUGCAGCAACCAAUGGGGGUUGCACUGA